GGAAAACUAAUGAACCAAGCCGAGGGAAGGCACGCUGCUGUUGCUAGGUUACACUCCAUACACAGAGACAGAUUCUGUGGGAGAACAUGAGUACUAUAAAUAUGCACUCGAGAGCUUACUUGUUGCUGGAAAGAGAGUUUAUAGAACAUGAAGAAGCCAAGAUCUUUGGCAUUACUGUUGCUCCUGUGGGAGACAGCUUGAUGGAAUGGGUAGCUGAAAUUGAAGGCCUGAAGGAUACCUUAUGGGAAGGAGCUGAACUCCAACUAUCAUUAAGGUACACUGAAGAGUACAACAGAGUUCCUCCAAGCAUCACUUUCAACACUAUUCCGUUCCAUCCCAAUGUGGACCCAAAGACUGGAAGACCUUGUCUGGAUUUUCUAGAUGAUCCUACCAAGUGGGACACCAAACUUACAAUGACUGGUAUCCUACUUUGUAUCCAGGUUUUGCUGUCUAUUCCAGUUCUGAAAAAUCCAGUGAACUUGGAGGCAGCUAAUUUGCUGAAGAACAAUUAUCCCCUGUAUAGGAAAAAAGUUAUACAGUGUGUCAAAACUAGCCAGCACCUAGAAGCUAUCAGUUUGGAAAGAUCUCUCAGCACAUUCAGGCGUCCCCAGGAAGAUGAAGAAUAUGGCCAAGAAAGAUAUGUUACAUCCAUAUCGUAUGAAGAAUAUUACUGGACAUGGUAUAAAUUGGCCACAUCAAAAGCUGCAGAAGAGUUUAAAAGCCCAGUGUUUGAAGACCCAAACUUCAUAGGAAACCGCUAUGGAUGGAGGGCAGAAAAUGUGGACAAAGGACAAUGGGAUAGUCUUACGCAUCGAUUGUUAAUCUCUGAGUUUAUCAAAAACCAAAAGAGAGAAAGAUUGGUAGAAAGCAAGAAAAGUUAUCAUCCUCUGCUAAGCCCAUCUCCAGCAUCUGGAUCACAGAAUACUUCUGGAAGAGAGUCUAAGAACAGGAGCCAGGAUGAGGAGCAAUGGGAGAAGGAAGCGGAAGAUCUAGUAAUGUGGUCUGCAAGUCUUGAGCACAUGAAAUUGGAUUAAACUACGAUCACUAAUGUAAUCAAGGUUGAGAGCAAUAUUGUUGUUGCAAUAGGAUCAAAUGUCCAGCCAUUAACCAGACCCCCCUACCCUGUACAGUUUAAUACGAAGGAGAUCACCUGCAUAUUAACUGUGCAGUUUAAUAAGUGGGUGGCAUGUUCUCAUAGUCAAGGGUCCUCUGCCUGAAUCACAGCCCCCAAAGUUCUGUAUUAUGAGGCUGUGAAUACUGACAAAUUGAUGAGCAGAGAUUGAUGGUGGGUUACAUAAGCCUUGGUUGGGUUUUUUUUAAGUGUUUCAUUAUAGAUAAAGACUACAAAUGAAGUGCUCACACUUUAGCACCAAUGUGGUGCUGCUGCUGUUGUGAUUUAUUUUAAUACCUGGGCAUAUAAUGUGUGCAGGAUGCUUGAUGAAGUGAAGACAGAGAAAGGGGAGGCAAAUGAAUGCAGAGAUAGAAAGGGGAAGAGCAUGGGAUUGUUUCAAUUGCACGUACUUAAGCUUAGUUAGAAUGUAGUAUGCUGACUAGGGGGAUGUUCCAAAGACUUAAAAGUUUGGAGGAACGUGGAACCUCUGACUUUGAGUACAUUACCCGGUAGUCAGUUUUCAUCUUCUGCAAUCUUUUGCUCCAUAGGUGAUAAAACAUGGAGCACCUGUGGCGAACUUCCAACAAUACCUUCCAGCCCCUGUGACUCCAGCAAAAUCCCUAUAUUUGGUAUCAAGUUGUUGGGUUUUACUGACCUGAAGUCAACUUUGGUGUAAAGCAGUCUAAAAUCAUGUCAGCCAUAGGUCCAGCCUUAUUAUUUUUAUAAUAUCAUCCAUAUAAAAAUCAACAUAUAUAUUAGUGAGCAUAAAUGAAGGAGUAUUAGCUCACUAUAUGUGAGAAACAUUUUCAUCAUUGCUACCAUUUUUCUUCAGCAGGUCAAGAACAUAAUUGAGGAUAUCCAUGCUUCUUCCACUGUACCCUUGUCAACAUAUUUCCCUAUCUAAUAAUGACUUACUAGCUAUUCCUGACCCUACUAUUGGUUAGAAAAUAUAAUUUCUCUUACUA